GCUGCGGGCGCUGCGGCGCGCGGUGCUCCAAACCCGUGUGCCGGGCGGCAUGGGAUAAGACGCGGCCAUGGUACGCCGAGAUCGCCUCCGCAGGAUGAGGGAGUGGUGGGUUCAGGUGGGGCUGUUGGCUGUGCCCCUGCUGGCGGCCUAUCUGCAUAUCCCCCCUCCCCAGCUUUCUCCUGCUCUUCACUCAUGGAAAUCGUCAGGCAAAUUUUUCACCUACAAGGGCCUGCGCAUCUUCUACCAAGACUCUGUGGGUGUGGUUGGAAGUCCUGAGAUCGUUGUGCUGUUACAUGGCUUUCCAACAUCCAGCUAUGAUUGGUACAAGAUUUGGGAAGGUCUGACCCUGAGGUUUCAUCGAGUGAUCGCCCUUGAUUUUUUGGGCUUUGGCUUCAGUGACAAACCAAGACCGCAUCACUACUCCAUAUUUGAGCAGGCCAGCAUCGUGGAGGCACUUUUGCGGCACCUGGGGCUCCAGAACCGCAGGAUCAACCUUUUGUCUCAUGAUUACGGAGAUAUUGUUGCUCAGGAGCUGCUUUAUAGGUUCAAGCAGAAUCGAUCCGGUCGGCUUACUAUAAAGAGUCUCUGUCUUUCAAAUGGAGGUAUAUUUCCUGAGACUCACCGUCCUCUCCUUCUCCAAAAGCUUCUCAAAGAUGGAGGCAUGUUGUCACCCAUCCUCACUCGAUUGAUGAACUUCUUUGUAUUCUCCCGAGGUCUCACCCCAGUCUUUGGGCCGUACACCCGCCCCUCUGAGAGUGAGCUGUGGGACAUGUGGGCAGGGAUUCGCAACAAUGACGGGAACUUAGUUAUCGACAGUCUCUUACAGUACAUCAACCAGAGGAAGAAGUUUAGAAGACGCUGGGUGGGAGCUCUUGCUUCUGUAACUAUUCCCAUUCAUUUUAUCUAUGGGCCAUUGGAUCCCGUAAAUCCCUAUCCAGAGUUUUUGGACCUGUACAGGAAAACGCUGCCGCGGUCCACAGUGUCGAUUCUGGAUGACCACAUUAGCCACUAUCCACAGCUAGAGGAUCCCAUGGGCUUCUUGAAUGCAUAUAUGGGCUUCAUCAACUCCUUCUGAGCUGGAAAGAGUAGCUCCCCUGUAUUACCUCCCCUACUCCCGUAUUUGUUGUGUAUUCCACUUAGGAAGAAAUGCCCAAAAGAGGUCCUGGCCACCAAACACUAUUCUCUCACAAAAGUCCACCUGAUGCACAUCGGUGAUCAGCAUAUAGUAAAAAGCCCGCAGAAGCUCCCGUUAAGGAUGGCCCUAACAGUCCACCUCCCAUUCUUCUCACAUCUGAGCAAGUGUAUGGACUUGCCUUUGCGCUAUUAGGAAUUUCUUAAAAGUCUUAACACUUCUAUGGACUUUUCUGAAAUACCUAGAAAUGCUCAUUUCUGGCCUAUCCUUGACCGGAGUCCUAAAGUAAAGCAUGAGGAGAGGGUGUCUCCUGACCUGUCCUUGAAUGGCUUUAAGGGCACAUGCGUUUUUAAGUUCUCUAAGCAACACAGCUUCAAGUGAGAGUGAGUCUCCCUUGUAAUAACUUGGGAUUUCAUUUCAUCAGCUGCUUUUAAUUAUAAACAUUUUGUUAACAUAGGUUUUGGUUUGAAUAAUGCAGUAUUCUAAGUAUACUUUAAGACUAUGAUUUACCUACAUGUAUUAUAUGUAUUUUCUAAGGAUACUAAACCAGCAGAUACUCUGGCAGAGUAGUGAACCUUAUUAAACAGGUUUAAUUUCUGAAUACACACUGAAUUAAAUUCAGACUAUUUACAGAAGUUCCUAAAAUCAUAGGAUACUAAAGACCAGUAGCAUCCGUGCCAGAGAUUUACUGUUAUUAGCUAACUCUGACAGCGAGUAACAGUCUGACUCUUCAUACCUCAGUGCUUCGAGGCAUGUCCCUCCCGAGCUGGAGGGGAGGGGAUCGUUGUAUAGUCCAGGUCACCGUACCGAAUGUACAGAGAUUCCUUUUCUGACGACUGAUUAACUUAACUUCUCAUUGGUUGUCUCAGAGAGACAUCCUCUUGUAGCUCAUAAUUCCUGUACUUUACAGACAGGAAAGUUCCAGAAACUUUAUGAACAAAUUCUGAAAGACCUAUGAGCAAAUGGUGCUGAAAUUUUUUUUAAGCCACAGCUUCACUGUCUUAGUCGAAACAGGAGGAUUAAGUGAUUAUUUUAAAUUUUUUUUUUUAUUAGCAACUUCAAGUAUAACAACUGAAACUGGAAUAAGUGUUUAUUUUCUAUUAAUAAAAAUGAAUUUUGACAAAAGUGGACUCUGGCUUCCCCUCCCCCACCACCCCUCUGGGAUAAAAGCUUUCCAACAUUGUCAGGAGCUUUCAGACACACAUUAAAUUAAAGACUAUAAUGAGGUUAAGCAGCUGGGGUAGAGGAUAGUAUUUGAUUUGCAAGAUCACCCAAAGCUGUACUAUCAUACCAAGGUUGGCUGAGUGUAAUAAAA